GAGAAUUUAAGGCGAGAAAAAGAUGAAGUUAUAGCCAAUUUGAGGGAUAAAUACGGCGCAUUCGAGUCGGAACUCGGUGAAAUGAAGACUGAAAAGAUUACGUGGGAGGAAGAGCGUCGCCGAUUAGGGAGGGAAGCUGAGGUGAACGAUGAGAAGUAAGGAUUUAGCGAGGGAGUUGAGUAAUGAGAGAAAUGAUUUGGAGAAGGGUGCGAGAAGGUAUGACGGGUUGUUGGAGAAGCUUAGGGUUUGGGAGAUUGAGCGGGAGGGGUUGGUUAAAGAAUUGGGGAAUUCGAGGGAUGAAAUUGAGGGUUUGAAGGGGAAUUUGAGGGAUAAAGAGGUUGAAAUUGAAGAGAUUGAUAGGAAAAAUGGGGUUGUUUUGAAGGAAUUGGAGGAGAAGAAUAGGAGAAUUGGGUUGUUAAUGGUGGAAAAGUCGAAAUUGGGUACCCUUUUGGAGGAAGUUACGUUAGGACAAGGUGAGAGGAUAAGGGAGAUGAGGGUGGAGAAUGAGGGUUUAAAAACGAGGAUUUCGGGGUUGGAGGAGGAGAAGGCGGUGUUUGAGGAUGAGGCGAAGGAGGUUGAGGGGUUAAGAAUGAGGAUUUCGGGGUUGGAGGAGGAGAAGGCGCGGUUUGAGGAUGAGGUGAAGGAGGUUGAGGGGUUAAGAAUGAGGAUUUCGGGGUUGGAGGAGGAGAAGGCGCGGUUUGAGGAUGAGGUGAAGGAGGUUGAGGGGUUAAGAAUGAGGAUUUUUGGGUUGGAGGAAGAGAAGGCGCGGUUGGAGGAUGAAGCGAAGGAGGUUGAGGGGUUACAAAUGAGGAUUUCGGGGUUGGAGGAGGAGAAGGAUAGGUUGAAUGCAAGGUGUGAAGAAUUAAGGAGGAAUGAGGCAAGGAGGAUUGAGGAAGUUAAGGAGGUUUUAGAGAGGGAGAAAUUGGAAAGUUUGAGAGAGAAAGAUGAAAUAAUCCAGGAACUAAACAAAGAGAAAGAGGAUUUAGUUAUAGAGCAGAAUAAUUUAACAGCUAAGAUGGAAAAGGACGAAAAUUGGUUAUCGAAACUUGAGGGAGAUAUAACCAAAAUGAUGUGCUUGGAUUUAAAAAGAGAUGCUACAUUUACAAGUACCCAGUGUGGGAGAAUUUUAUCAGUAAUUGGAAAGGCUCUUGAUUCUGAAGGAAUUGGACUCACUUGCAAUGCUCAGGAAGCAGGAAUAUGCUCAUCUGACCUUACUAUCUGUAAUUUUGAUCAAUUUAUAUGGUGUUUCGGGUGA